ACAACCCAGACAACUGCUGUAGACUCGCCCAAUGAUAGCCACUGGCAGAGGGACGUAUCAUUGUGCAUCCCAGGUUAACGUGUAUCCCCGCCAACAUUGUGGCUCCCCGUCUUUUAUUGUCGAAAAUAGCCACAGGCAGCAUUUCGCAGAGCCCUUUCCAUGCGCUUCCUGCAAGGCCGGAAUGCAGUAGGCUGGUUGCGGCGCAAAAAAGGGGGGUGGGAUGCAUUCGCUUUAAAUGUUGAUCCCUGGCUUGAAGACAGCAACAAGCUAUAUAUGUGAACAGUAGGUCAGUGCCCAGCUUUCUGAAACUUGACUCAGACCAUCAUCCGAUCUUCGAGAACACAAGGACCUACCUAUCUAGUACUACUCCAUACAAACUACUACAUUGACCACUUCAGCCCUAAUCAGACGUCCUUUUCACCUCUCCUUGCAAUACAAGACCAUACUUCGCCUGCACGAGCAUUGAUUGCCCCCUUUGCACCACCACCUCUCAGACCGAGAAAAGGACAUAGAAAGAAUAACAGCGACACGAACCCAUUCCAUCCCUCCGUUCCCUGUUUUCAAAGUCCACCCCGCAAAAAUGCAUCCCACACUCUUCUCAUCCAUCACCACCAUCCUCCUACUUCUGCAAUCUCAAUCCACAUUCGCGGCUCCAGGACCCCAGCAGGGCCAAAGCGAAGACACAACCGCUACAGUGCCAGCCAUCUCACAAAUCCCCGAUGGCCAGAUUCAAGCAGCAGCCACAACUUCAUCUGACGGCACUUCAUCUUACGAGAACCCCUUCACCAGCUACACCAGCAUGACCAAUUCAUUGGGCGUCGUCACAGGCAUGCCGUCCGUGGUGACCAGCCAGCCAUCAGUGGUCACGAGCCAGCCCGAGGUCGUCACCAGCCAACCUGUCUCGCCGACUUUGCCUAGUUAUUCUGGCUUUGCGUAUGGGAACAGUACCACCGGCACCACUACUCAAUCCGCAACCGGAUCAGCUUCUGCUUCCGGAUCGAGCAAUACUGUGCAAACCGAGUCCUCGUCAUCGUCGCCCACAACUUUGGCCACUAGCAGCAAACCCGGCUCGAGCAGUGGUAGUGGUACCGCGAGUGCGAGCGCUACUAUUGCCCAGGCCACGGGUGCUGCGGUGCCAGUGGUUGCGAAUAAAGUCGGCGGCGUGGGGAUUACCUUGUUUGUUCUUGGAAUGGGGUUCUCGUUGCUGUAAACCGAGGUAUGGAUGUAAAUUGAUGAAUGUGAUGUGAUCUGUGAGAACGAAAAAAAUGCAAAGUAAUUAUUGAGUUUGGAGUAUAAUGGGCUUCAACUGGGAAAAUGGGACAGACAAAAUGGCACUGGGUAUUGAUCAGCGAUUGGGAACGAUAUAUUUUGGAAAGAAAAUCGAACGAGACGGAGUAACAUGGGGAUGUAUUUCGGUGUUGACAGGCGGAAGCGCUCCGGCUAAUUGGACUCUGUCGGUCAUAGUAUUGUACUUGGAUUGCAUAGCUGGAGUUCUUUCGCAUUGGAUAGGACCGAUCGAAUUCGAUAUCUUCCGCCAUAAUCUAUCGUCUCGUUUUUCUUCCUGCUUGAAUCGGGUCCUCGCUGACCGUGUAUGUAGCUCGGUCUCG